AUGGAAGGCCACGACUAUGACAGACGUCAGGUGGCAACGGCCGACAAGGACGAAAGCUUUGCUGACAGAUCGACAUCACUCAAGUCGCUUCAAGACGUGCCUCUAGCGGCAGGCAACGCCUCGCGAAGGCCCGCCUCCCACGGGCCGCAGGUGGGCGCGGGCAGCGUGGAAUCCGGAAGGGCGGCAGUGGCGGCGGCGGCACCUCAAAGGCGGCCCAGACCCACAUAUCGGGCCCAAUUAAUGCGCGCCUGGGAAGCCGCCGCCUUUUACUUAGGCGUCCGGGGCCCGGAGUGCGCGCAGCGCGGCAACACGCCUGUGCUCUGCACCGGCGACCGGCGGGCCACACGUGCGCCGCAUUCCUCGAGCGGAGCUGAGCCCGCAGCCGCGUCCGCCGGCGACACCUCCGGCUCCGGCUCCAGCUCCAGCUCCAGACCCGCCUGCCCAAAGCGCAGCCGCGUGGCCCGCCUCGCACCGCGCCGUGGCGGCCCCCUGUCUGGGGCGGCCGACAUUACCUCCGUCGCCGGGGUUACGAAAUCACUCAGUGCCCGCUGCGUGGACGACUCGGAGGGUUCUGAAGGCGGCGGACGGCAGCCCGCGGCGGACGGCGGAGAGGCUGCGGAGGCGGCGUCGUCGGCGCAGGACCGCGGCGGUGGAGCGGGGGCGGGUGCCGGCGCCGGGGGCUCGUUGAGCGCCGCCGAGGAGCGCGACCGCGUGGGCGGCGACCAGUUGGCGCUGGAGGCGGGGCCGGGAGCCGGGGCGGCUCGCAAGCCGCCCUACUACGGGCCGCACCUACCGCCGCCACCACCUCCGCCCCCGCACUUCUACCACGGGCCGCCCCCGCCACCCCUCGACGCGCUAGACAAGCUGUACGCGGCCGCGCCCGUGCCCGACGCCGCUUGGCCUGCACCCAUGCCUGACAUGCCCAAGAUCAUCUCACUCGACGUCAAGUGCGAGCGCGACCUCAUGAAGGUGUACCUGGGCUUCGACAAGCCGUUCUACGGCAUCGUGUUCAGCAAGGGCCACUACAGCAACGUGAACUGCGUGCACCUGCCCGCCGGCCUGGGCCGCAAGGCGGCCACCUUCGACAUCAGCAUCCACUCGUGCGGCACCGCCGGCAACUCCGAGAACGGCCUCUACGGCUACGGCGCCGACUCCGGCUCCGGCACCUACUUCGAGAACAUCAUCGUCGUCCAGUACGACCCGCAGGUGCAGGAGGUGUGGGACCAGGCGAGGAAGCUGCGCUGCACGUGGCACGACCAGUACGAGAAGUCCGUCACGUUCCGGCCCUUCCCCGUCGACAUGCUCGACGUCGUCAGGGCUGACUUCGCGGGAGACAACGUCGGCUGCUGGAUGCAGAUACAGGUGGGCAAAGGACCGUGGGCUUCCGAGGUGUCUGGGCUGGUGAAGAUCGGCCAGACGAUGACGAUGGUACUGGCCAUCAAGGACGACGACUCGAAGUUCGACAUGCUGGUGAGGAACUGCAUGGCGCACGACGGCAAGCGCGCGCCCAUCCAGCUGGUGGACCAGAAGGGCUGCGUCACCAGGCCCAAACUCAUGUCGCGCUUCACCAAGAUCAAGAACUUCGGCGCCAGCGCCUCCGUCCUCUCGUACGCGCACUUCCAGGCCUUCAAGUUCCCCGACUCGAUGGAGGUGCAUUUCCAGUGCACCAUCCAGAUAUGCCGCAACCAGUGCCCCGAUCAGUGUUCCGAGGCGCCGCCGCUGGCGCUCUACGGGGCCGACACCAUCUACGGCCCGCCGCCGCAGCCCCUGGAGGCGUACCUGAACGCCGCGGGCGCGGCGCGGCCCCGCGACGAGCGUCGCGUGCGCCGGCAGCGGCGGGAGGUGCCGCCCCACGACGCGCGCCGCCAGCAGGACGCCUCCGGCUCGACGCCGCCCCCGGAGAAGUCGGUGGGCGUGAACCGCGUCAUCCGCGUCGUGUCGACCGGCGACCUGACGUUUCCGCUGGACGAGGCGGCGGCGCGCCAGCAGGCCAUCCCCGUGGCCGAGGGCUCGACGGCGGGGGCGGGGGCGGGCCCGGACAGCGAGCCGGCGCCGCACCACCUCAUCUGCAUGACGACGCCCGGCUUCGCGGCGACGCUGGUGGUGCUGCUGGCCGUGCUGCUGGCGUCGUGCCUGGCGUCGGCGCUGCUGUGCGUGCGCCUGCGCCCGCUGCUCUUCCUUAUCAACAGCGUCUAUUUUGAAACUAGAACACAGAAAAGUUUUAUGACAAAUGUCCCAGGUUUCAGACAGAAAUCACGUCUGGACUUCAGCACGCCCAAGAUGCAACACCAGAAAUCGAAGAAGAAGAAGAAGAAGAAGAAGAAGAAGAAGUGA